CCGCCUUUCUCGCGCAUGCCUUCUAAAGAGCUUUUCUGCGGGGAGCCUACCGAGACUUGGGUCAGUUUGCCUCCUCUCAACCCAAUGGCGGCGACUGACCCGGAGACGGCCCAAAGACAAACAGAAGAAAUUGAAGCCCUGUCUGCUAUAUAUGGUGAUGAAUGGUGUGCUGUUGAUGAAGAUGAAAAAAUAUUCUGCAUUAAGAUCAGUGAUUGUUUGGAACAUCCAACAUGGACUCUCUGUCUGCAGGUGAUCCUACCUCCUGAAUAUCCGACUACAGCACCGCCUAUUUAUCAGCUUAAUGCUCCUUGGCUUCUAGGACAGGAGUAUGCAGAAAUAGCAAAUAACCUGGAAGAAAUCUAUGAACAGAACCUUGGUGAAAGUAUCCUUUAUCUGUGGGUGGAGAAGAUUCGGGAAAUUUUGAUAGAAAAAUCUCAGUCGUCUGUUCCAGGACCAGAUAUUAAAAAAAAUACUGAGGAAACUAUUGUGGAGCAUGAAGAAGACUUUUCAUCGCAGUGUCAACAAUUCCAGCAAUAUGCAGUUGCCACUCUGAAUUUUGAUCUUCCUGAAAGUGAAGAAGAUGAAGAAUUACCUCCGAUCUAUCAUGGAAACCCAAUUACAGACCGAAGGAGCACUUUCCAGGCACACUUAGCACCUGUUGUGACCCCUAAACAGGUAAAAAAUAUUCUUGCCCAAUUGUAUGAGAAUAAGAAAAUUGCCAGUGCUACUCACAACAUAUAUGCAUACAGGAUAUACUGUGCAGACAAACAGACCUUCUUACAGGACUGUGAAGACGAUGGUGAGACAGCUGCAGGUGGCCGUCUUCUCCAUCUCAUGCAGAUAUUGAAUGUUCACUUGUGUUUUGGUUUGUAGAAUUAAGAUGGUAUGGUGGUAUCUUGCUUGGACCAGAUAAAACUUUUGAAACGCUAUCAGCUUAACUGUGCUAGAAAUAUACUGGUGGAGCUUGAGGGCCCGCACUAAUUU